CCACCGCAGCGCAACCGCUAACCACCACACGAUACGGUCGGAGCUCGAUUAUGCAAACAGUGUGACGCUUAAUCGUCUGCCUUGGCCUCCUAGACGAACAAUCCCAAUCGCCGGAGAACCGUUUCUCUCCGAAUUGACUCACUGCCAAAAAUACCGGCAGCUGACGAUUGUUCGUGCAACUCCAAACGCGAUACUACAGCCACUGCCAUAGAAAAGUGAACCCAAAGGAAGAAAUUGGAAAUUUCAAGAAAAUGAAAACCCGAGCCAAAGAAACCGAAAGAGUUGAGAUUGAAUCCGACAAGACGGUAUUAGCCUCAGCUGAGAAAACCCUAGGUGAGAAAACUGAGAAAGUGGGAACUACAACUCCGGUGAAGAAGAAAGUGAGGGUUGUGAAGAAGAUCGUGAAGAAAAAGGUUAUUAAAAAGGUACCAAAACGUGUAUCAGUUACACCCAAUUGUAAUGAUUUAGAAAACGUUGCAAGCCCUAACACUAACGAUAACGCUCCUAUGGAAAUUGAAAAACCUAAUGUUGAUGAUGACGACUUAAGGGAAGCUGAGAAUUUGAAGGAGUUUGAGGUUAAUGAUAGGGAAAAGGGCGUUCGUUUGGUUGAAACCAACAAUUCUUGCAGGGAUGAAUGCGAGGGAUCUGGGUUGCUAACUGGAUCCCUGUUGGGUGAUCAGAACAAAACUGAAAUGUACGAUAGAGAGCAUGAUAUUAACACCAUGGAUAUAGAAGAACAUGAAGGUGAGGUGGGUGUGAAGGAGCAGGCUGAGAAGAGUUCAGAAAUGGAUGAUGGGGUAAGUAAAGGCACAGAAGAAGACGAAAGUGAAAAGAAGGAGGCUGAGACCAGUGAAUGUGUUCCUGUGAAAAUUGAAGUUGGUUUAAGUAAGGGGGAAGAUGGUAUGAAGGAGCAGGUAGAGAAGAGAAAGCAUAUUGAUUUGAAACCCAGUGACAUUGUUGAGGAUCAGGAGGGAGUGAAGGAGGUGUUUGAGAAUAGUGAAACUGAUAGUUUAAGAGCAGAACAAGGUGUAAGUGAGAGAAGGGUAUUGAGUGGACAAAUGGUAGCAUCGGGGUGGCAUAUGAAGCAGAGGACCAAGAUUUUCAUCCAUGGAUUGGACAAAGAAACAAAGGAAGAAGAUAUUAGAAAAGUUUUUGAAGAGGUCGGCGAGGUUGUUGAAGUGAAAAUAAUAACCAAUCUCAAAACGGGCAAAAGCAGGGGGUUUGGCUUUAUCAGAUAUGCUUCAGAAGGCCAUGCUAAAUUGGCUCUCAUGAAAUACCACAAUGUUGAGAUCUGUGGAAGACCAUGUCGCACAGCCGCUGUUGAAGGGAGUGGUACUAUCUUACUCAAUAAUAUUGAUAAGAAGUGGAAAAGUGAAUAUGUCCUUGCAUUGUUGCAGAAAAUCGGCAUCGAGAAAAUAGACGAAGUCUCAGUUGUAGCUGACCCUGAGAACACCGAGCUCAAUCGUGGUUUUGCCUUUCUUGAACUUCAAACAAAGAGGGAUGCUCAAAUAGCUUACUCUAAACUUCAAAACAAAAAUGUUUUUGGGAAGCACUCCAAGAUAAAAGUUGAAUGGGCUGAGCUCUUAGCUGAUCCAGUUGAAGAAGAGAUGCAUCAUAUCAAAUCUGUUUAUGCUGAACAUAUACCUUCCUCUUGGGAUGAAGAGGAAGUGAAAGACCAUUUCAGAAUCUUUGGUGAAAUCGAAAGCAUUGCUCUUUCUAAAAAUCUCCGUUCAACUAAGAGAAGCGACUUUGCAUUUAUCAAUUACAAGACAUGUGAAGCUGCUCUUUCGUGUAUAGAGACAUUCACUAGCAAACAAUCAACCAACGAUGAUGGCUCAAAGGCUGGCGUGAAAGUUUCUCUUGCCAAGUCAAUCCCAAAAGGCAAGCCAAUCAAGACCAUCUCAGAAUCUGCUGCUAACGAGCCUUCCAAGGUUAAGCAAAAAGCAAACCAGAGUAGAUCUGUCUACAAACCACACAAACCUAUAAACACGAGAGUGUCGAGCAUUAGCAGACAUGAAGAUGCUGGUAAAGGUGGAGGAUCUUCUACUACUGCUGAACUUGUACGUCUUUUAAGGGAGCAGGCCUCAUGGAAGCAUGGUGGACCAAGUCCAACCACAGGCAUGAGCACUGUUCAUCGUCAACCCCCAUCCGGAGGGAAGGAACCGUUUAUAGAACUGGGAAGGGAAUCAUUAUAUCAUCAUGAUCCUCGAACAUACCACCAAACUCGUCUUGAAAUUCCCAGUGCUGCACAUCCCAGAUCGAUAGCCAAUUCCGUUGCCAUGACAUCCUUCCCUCGUUAUGAUCAGCAACGUGUUAAUCAUGCACCUGGAUCAUUCGUUCGGGUUGAAGCUAAUCCUAGGUAUUUCCAGAUUUACAGGACACGCCGGCUGCUAAGGAAACGUCACCUAAGGAGGCUGUCGUAUUCAUCUGGGAACAGAAUUCUGAUGCACGAAUGCGAAACAGACGAUUUUACUGGACUUACCAAAACAAAUCUGUUUUCCAGUUGGAAACUACAUUUUCAGCCUUUUGUAAAUUGCAGAAAAGCGUUCUCGAGACAAUUUGUUCAAUGUUAUGCAUAUAAAUCUUGAAUGUUGCUGCGAGUAAUGCGAAGCCAAACAUCAUAUUUCGGCUUUUUGGGAGCGAAUUAUAUGAUCGAAUUCAAUGGUGGUCGUGGGGUUAAGCAUAGAAAUCUGUCUACUUUUUGUAAAAUUCAAGAAAAAUAAUGGGUGUAAGAUUGUUGGUUAUAUGUUUUGUAAAUUAGAAAUCUGAUAUGAAUGAGGUGGUGUUUGUUUUUAACUUAA